GACUCUUGCAUGAAGAGAGGCAGUUCUUACCACAACAGAAUAAAAAUCAGGGGUCUGUUUCAACCACCAUCACUUUAACUCUACACCUCAAACCGGAUCUUCUGAAGCCAUGUCCUGUUGCAGCCUCGGGACCACACUGUUGCUGGUAGCAACGUCUUUGCUCAUAAAUGCAGACUUUUCUAGAGGUCAACUGCACUACUCUGAGACCACCACCACCACUGGCAUAGAGAGCGUGAUCACCUGUGAUGAGCUCAACAACGUGCAACGCCUGAGCUGUGAUAACGGAGUGAUCAGUGUGCAGGAAGCUCUCUAUGGACGUGCAGACAGUGAGAUCUGCAGUGAGGGGAAACCUCCAGAACAGCUUACCGAUACAAAGUGCUCUCAGCAGGGAACUCUAGAGGUCCUCCAGAAAAGAUGUGAUGGCAAAAGGGUGUGUGAAAUAAACACAAAUGUUGUCCGUACUUCUGAUCCUUGUGAUGGCAUCUACAAAUAUCUGGAGACCAAGUACACCUGCCUCCCAGCAAUCUACAGCGUAGUGUGUGAGCACUCUUCGGCAAACCUGCACUGUUAUGGACAGCAGAUUAUAUUAGUCUAUGGUGCUGAUUAUGGACGGCGUGACCCCACCACAUGCUCUUACCAACGACCUGCCUCUCAGGUCCAAAAUGUCGACUGCUCAAACCCCACAAGCAAAGUUGCUGAAAGCUGUAACGGGAAAAGCAGCUGUACUAUCAGAGCGAGCAACUCAGUGUUUGGAGACCCCUGUUUCGGCACUUAUAAGUACCUGGAGGUGGCUUACACAUGUCAAUAUCCUGCGCAAACCAUAUAACAAUAUUCUUUUGAAUGAAUAACGUUCUUACUGAAAUAAGACAGUGAUACGAUGACAAGAGAAGUAUUGGACGUAAUCAAGAAGCCAAUGAAAUCGAUCAAUUCUGAUUUAAAAGGAAAUCUAUAUAGAUACCACUGUACCUUUUGAAUGUUUCUACUGCACUUUCUACUGCACUUCUAUUAACUGAAUGACAACUUGGUUAAUUUUGUUAUUAUGUCAUUAAGUUUUAUUAAACUAUUGAUUCAGCUUUAGAAAUUUUUGUGUUAAAUGCAUUUUUGCCUGAUGUAAGGCACUUUGAAUCUCCUGUGUUUUAAAAGUGCAAAUAAACUAAAUAGCAAAGUUUCA